UGGGCUGGGCUUGAGAACGUGAAGAUUUGACUCAUUGUAAACUUAAUACGACAGCCCCUUGUUUUUUUAUUGUAUGUUGAAGAGAUAGAAAAUAAAGAAACCGUUUGUUUCGAACGCCGCGUAGUUCCACGGGCACUUCUUUCGACAAAAGCAGAGUGCGCGCGCGACACAACUUUCUGGGUGCUCCGUUUUGGUAUGGCGAACGCUCAAGAUACUCGUACCGCCGCUGUGUCUUUUCGGUAUGGCGGUUUCGAACAGGAUAUUAUUUUUGGACGUGCAAAUUACAUCAAUGAAAUGAGCUGUGGAGAAGUGGGGUCCCAUUUGUACAGCAGAAUGUGUUGCGCAGAUGAACGGGACCGGGUACAGAAGAAGACCUUCACAAAAUGGGUCAACAAGCACUUGAUGAAGGCUCAGCGGCAUAUCACUGACCUGUACGAGGACCUCCGAGAUGGACACAACCUCAUCUCCCUGCUGGAAGUGCUCUCUGGAGAGACACUGCCCAGGGAGAAGGGGCGCAUGCGCUUCCACAAACUGCAGAAUGUACAGAUCGCACUGGACUUCCUCAAACACAGACAGGUCAAACUGGUCAACAUCAGAAAUGAUGACAUCGCUGAUGGAAACCCCAAGCUGACCCUCGGCCUGAUAUGGACCAUCAUCCUUCACUUCCAGAUCUCCGACAUCCAGGUGAAUGGCCAGUCAGACGACAUGACGGCCAAGGAGAAGCUGCUGCUGUGGUCCCAGCGCAUGGUGGAGGGAUACCAGGGGAUGCGCUGCGACAACUUCACCACCAGCUGGAGGGACGGCAAGCUCUUCAACGCCGUCAUACACAAACACAGGCCUACUCUGAUUGACAUGAGUAAGGUGUACCGACAGACCCAUGUAGAGAACCUGGAGCAGGCCUUCAGUGUGGCAGAGAGAGACCUGGGUGUCACUCGGCUGCUCGACCCAGAAGAUGUGGAUGUGCCACACCCAGACGAGAAGUCCAUCAUCACAUACGUGUCCUCCCUGUAUGACGUCAUGCCCCGUGUACCUGACGUCCAGGAUGGGGUGAAAGCCAAUGAGCUGGAGCUGCGCUGGCAGGAGUACUAUGAGCUGGUGACCCUGCUGCUGCAGUGGAUCAGACACCACAUCAUCGUGUUUGAGGAGAGGAAGUUCCCUACCAGCUAUGAGGAGAUUGAGGUUCUUUGGCGCCAGUUUCUGAAGUUCAAGGAGACAGAGCUGCCGGCAAAGGAAGCUGACAAGAAUCGAUCCAAACAUGUCUACAAGUCAUUUGAGGGUGCAGUUCAGGUGGGUCAUGUCAAGGUGCCCCCUGGAUACCACCCUAUCGAUGUGGAGAAGGAGUGGGGUCGUCUGCAUGUAGCCAUAUUGGAGAGAGAGCGUCUUCUAAGGACAGAAUUUGAGAGGCUGGAGCGGCUGCAGAGGAUUGUCAGUAAGGUCCAGAUGGAGUCUGGGGUGUGUGAGGAGCAGCUCAACCAGGUUGAGGGCCUGCUACAGAUGGAUGUCCGUUUGCUGAACUCAGGAAAGCCUGCUAAGCACACAGCAGAGAUAGAUACAGACCUGGACAAGGCCGAGGGCAUGAUCCGGUACCUCUUCAACGAUGUGCAGCUGCUGAAGGAUGGACGCCACCUACAAGCUGAACAGAUGUACCGCAGAGUGUACCGUCUCCACGAGCGGCUGGUGAACCUGCGCAGUGAGUACAAUCUGCGCCUGAAGUCCGGGGUAACCAUCACCCAGAUGCAAACCCUUCAGCAGGCACCCAUGAGGGUGCGUCCCGAGCUGGAUGAGGUGACCCUGCGCUACAUCCAGGACCUGCUGGCCUGGGUGGAGGAGAACCAGAGGCGGGUGGACCGGGGGGAAUGGGGCUCGGACCUGCCCACCGUGGAGUCCCAGCUGGGCAGCCACCGCGGCCUUCACCAGUCAGUGGAGGAGUUCCAUGCUAAGAUUGGCAGGGCAAAUGCAGACGAGAGUCAGCUCUCCCCUGUCAGCAAAGGUGCCUAUAGAGACAACUUAUCCAAGCUAGAGUUGCACUAUGGCAAGCUUCUGAGUUCUUCCAAGGCUCGUCUGCACAGCCUGGACGGGCUUCAUGCCUUUGUCACUGCAGCCACCAAGGAAUUGAUGUGGCUGAAUGAAAAGGAAGAGGAGGAGGUUAACUAUGACUGGAGCGAACGCAACACCAACAUGACAGCCAAGAAAGACAACUACUCGGGGUUGAUGAAAGAGCUGGAGCACAGGGAGAAGAGGGUCAACAGUGUCCAGGUCCAAGGAGACAAACUACUGAAGGAGGGUCACCCUGCCAAGACUACUGUAGAGGCCUUCACUGCAGCACUGCAGACCCAGUGGAGCUGGAUACUGCAGCUCUGCUGUUGCAUCGAAUCCCACCUCAAAGAGAACACUGCCUACUUCCAAUUUUUCUCCGACGUGAAAGAGGCAGAGGAGACGAUGAAAAAGAUGCAGAAGACAAUGAAGAAAAAAUACACAUGCAACCGUAACAUCACUGUGACACGACUUGAGGACUUGUUACAGGACGCGGCUGAUGAGAAGGAGCAACUGAAAGAGUUUAAGACCCAUUUGGAUGGGCUGAACCGGAGGGCCAAGACCAUUGUCCAGCUGAAGCCACGUAACCCAGCAACACCAGUUAAGGGCAAAUUGCCUGUCCAGGCCGUCUGCGACUUCAAACAGAUGGAGCUCACAGUUCACAGAGGGGAGGAGUGUGUACUGCUGGACAAUUCUCAGCCGUACAAGUGGAAGGUGCAGAACCCCAAAGGCAGCAAGGCCACCGUGCCCUCCAUCUGUUUCCUGGUUCCUCCCACCAAUAAUGACGCAGUGAGCGGCGUCUCAGGUCUGGACACUAGUCACCAGAACCUGCUGGUCCUGUGGCAGAUGCUGUACGUGGACAUGAAAAGCCUCAUGUCCUGGCAGUACCUGACGAGAGACAUCCACCUCAUCAGCUCAUGGAACAUCACCGCGUUUAAGACCCUGAGGGUGGAGGAGUACAGGCUAGCUUUGAGGAACCUGGAACUCCACUACCAAGAGUUCCUAAGAGACAGCCAGGACUCCCAGCUGUUUGGUGCAGACGACCGCAUGCAGGUGGAGAGUAGCUACAACAAGGCUAGCCAGCACUACGAAGGACUGCUGCACUCUCUGGAGAAAGGCUAUGUGUCACCCUCUGGAGGUGAGCAAGAUGAAUCUGAGUGCCGAAGCUACCUGACCAAGAUCAAGGACCUGUGUCUGAAGCUGGAGGGCUGUGAGACUCGCACCGUCGCACAUCUGCGACAGCCCGUGGACAAGGAACCGCUCAAGGCUUGCGCCCAGAGGACCGCUGAGCAGAAGAAAGUCCAGUCAGAGUUGGAGGGCUUGAAGAAAGACCUGACCAAUGUGGCUGAGAAGACAGAGGAGGUGCUGGCAUCUCCUCAGCAGUCCGGCUCCACCCCAGUACUGCGCUCUGAGCUGGAUAUUACGCUGAAGAAGAUGGAGCACGUCUACAGCCUGUCGUCCGUGUACCUGGACAAACUGAAGACCGUCGACAUAGUGAUCCGCAGCACAAAGGGAGCAGAGGACACCCUCAAAAAGUAUGAAGCCCGUUUGCGAGACGUAAACAAGAUGCCAACAGAUGAAAAAGAGGUGGAGAACUACCACACCCAGCUAAAGACAAUGCGUGGCGAGGCAGAGGAUGACCAGAAGACGUUCGACAAUCUCCAGGUGGAACUGAAAAAGGCGGCGGCCGUGAAUGAGCGGAUUAAGCUGGUCCACAGCGAGCACAACACCGAGCUGGAACACUACCGCCAACUAGUGUCCGGGCUAGAGGAGCGCUGGCAGGUCGUGUUUGCCCAGAUAGACCUGCGCCAACAGGAACUGGACUUGCUGGGGAGGCAGAUGUGCGCCUACCACGAGAGCUAUGACUGGCUCAUCAGAUGGCUCGUUGAUGCCAAGCAAAGGCAGGAGAAGAUCCAGGCCAUGCCCAUCGGCGACAGCAAGGCCCUUAUGCAACAGUUGGCACAGGAGAAGAAACUCCUAGAAGAGAUCGAGAAGAACAAAGAUAAGGUUGAGGAGUGUCAAAAACACGCAAGGGCAUAUAUUGAUGCGGUCAAGGACUAUGAGCUUCAGGUGGUGACGUACAAAGCUCUGGUGGAGCCCCUGGCUUCGCCCCUUAGGAAAACCAAAAUGGAGUGUGCAUCUGACAAUAUCAUCCAAGAGUAUGUGACUCUGAGAACCCGCUACAGUGAGCUAAUGACUCUGACCAGCCAGUACAUCAAGUUUAUCACGGAGACACAGCGCCGCCUUGAGGACGAGGAGAAAGCUACUGAAAUACUAAAGAAGGAGGAGAGAAAAAAGCUGUCUGAGAUGCAGGCUGAAUUAGACAAACAAAGACAGUUAGCUGAGGCACACGCAAAAGCUAUCGCUAAAGCGGAACAAGAAGCCCAGGAGCUCAAGUUGAAAAUGAAAGAAGAGGUCAGCAGGAGGGAGGUUGUGAAAGUGGAUUCUGAGAAACAGAAGCACAACAUACAGCAGCAGCUGCACGAACUCAAGAACCUGUCAGAGCAAGAGAUCCAAUCCAAGAGCCAGCAGGUUGAGGAGGCACUGUACAGUCACACCAAGAUAGAAGAGGAGAUCCACAUCAUCAGAAUCCAAUUAGAGACCACCAUAAAGCAGAAGGCCACUGCUGAGGCCCAAGUUCAGCAGCUCAGGGACAUGGCUGUCGAGGCUGAGAGACUGAGAAAAGUUACUCAGGAGGAGGCAGAGAAGCUUCGCAAGCAGGUGAAUGAAGAGACUCAGAAAAAGCGCAACGCGGAGGAGGAGCUGAAACACAAAGCGGAGGCAGAACAAGAGGCUGCCAAGCAAAAGCAGAAGGCCCUGGAUGAGGUGCAGAAGUUCAAGAUGCAAGCUGAAGAGGCAGAGAGGCGCAUGAAACAGGCAGAGGAGGAGAAGCAGAGGCAGGUCAUGGUUGCAGAGGAGGUGGCACAGAAGAGUGCCGCCACCGAGCUGCAAACCAAACGCAUGUCCUUUAACGAGAAGGCAGUAAAGCUCGAGGCAUCACUGAAACAAGAACAGGACACUGUUAUUCAGUUGCAGGAACAGGCAGAGCGCCUCAAGAAGCAACAAGAGGAAGCCAACAAAGCCAGGGAGGAAGCAGAGAAGGAACUUGAGAAGUGGAGGCAGAAAGCCAACGAGGCACUCCGUUUGAGACUCCAGGCUGAGGAAGAUGCCCAUAAGAAGAGCCAGGCUCAGGAGGAAGCAGAGAAGCAGAAAGAGAACGCUCAGCGAGAGGCAAAGAAAAGGGCUAAGGCUGAAGAGGCUGCUCUUAAGCAAAAGGAAAUGGCAGAGACUGAGCUGGAGAAACAGAGGGAAUUGGCCGAGGGAAUGGCCCAGCAGAAACUCUCUGCAGAGCAAGAGCUAAUUCGCCUAAGGGCUGACUUUGACCAUGGUAAGCAACAGAGGUCUCUAUUGGAUGAAGAGCUCCAGCGCCUGAAAAAUGAGGUGAAUGCUGCUGUAAAACAAAGGAAAGAGCUAGAAGAUGAACUGGCCAAAGUAAGACGUGAAAUGGAAGUUCUUCUUCAGAUGAAGUCCAAAGCUGAGAAGGAGACCAUGUCUACAACAGAGAAAAGCAGAAAUCUCCUUGAGUCUGAGGCAUCGAAAAUGAGGCAACUAGCUGAAGAGGCGACUAAGCUGAGAUCAAUUGCUGAAGACGCAAAGAAGCAGAGGCAGGUAGCAGAGGAUGAGGCAGCUCGGCAAAGAGGAGAGGCUGAGAAGAUACUCAAGGAAAAACUGGCAGCCAUUAAUGAAGCAACUUGUCUGAAAACUGAAGCUGAGAUUGCCCUGAAGGAUAAAGAGGCCGAAAAUGAGCGACUUAGGAGAAAAGCCGAAGAUGAGGCUUAUCAGAGAAAGGUCCUGGAAGACCAAGCAAAACAGCACAAGCAAGACAUUGAUGAAAAGAUCACCCAGCUUAAGAAAACUUCUGAUUCUGAAUUGGAGAGGCAGAAGAAGAUUGUAGAGGAAACUCUUAAGCAGAGGAGGGUGGUCGAAGAGGAGAUUCGCAUACUAAAACUAAACUUUGAGGUGGCAUCAACAGGCAAGUUGGAUCUUGAGUUGGAGUUGAACAAGCUUAAAGGCAUUGCAGAUGAGACACAUAAGAACAAAGUCAAGGCGGAGGAAGAAUCAGAGAAACUCAGAAAGCAUGCUUUAGAGGAGGAGAACAAAAGGAAGCAAGCUGAAGAGAAAGUAAAAAAGAUCACUGCAGCAGAGGAAGAGGCAGCGCGUCAAUGCCAGGCAGCUCAGAAAGAAGUGGAGCGCCUUAAAAAGAUUGCAGCUGAUGCUAACAAGCAAAAGGAGGAUGCUGACAAAGAAACAGAGAAACAGAUUAGUCUAGCCAAAGAGGCUGCACAGAAAUGUAGUGCUGCAGAAAAGAGAGCUCAGGCUGUUCUGGUCAAGCAGAAAGAGGACAAUCUUUUCCAGGGCAAGCUCAAAGAGGAGUUUGACAAGGCUAAGAAUCUUGUACAAGAAGCUGAGAAGGCGAAAGAGAAAGCUGAGAAAGAGGCUGCUUUACUCCGUCAAAAAGCAGAGGAUGCUGAGAAGCAGAAGAAAGCAGCUGAAGCUGAGGCUGCCAAACAGGCCAAGGCUCAGGGGGAUGCUGAGAGACUGAGGAUGGAAGCAGAGCAGGAGGCUGCAAAGCAAGCAGAAGCUGAGGCUGCUGCUCUGAAACAGAAACAGCAGGCAGAUGCAGAGAUGGCCAAGCACAAAAAGCUAGCUGAACAAACAGUGAAGCAGAAGAAACAAGUUGAGCAGGAGCUGACAAAGGUGAAACUACGACUGGAUGAGACUGAUAAGCAGAAAUCUGUUUUGGAUGAAGAGCUUCAGCGCCAGAAAGAUGAAGUUAGCAAUGCUGUCAAGCAGAAAGCUCAAGUGGAGGAUGAGCUAUUCAAGAUCAAGGUCCAGAUGGAGGAGCUGGUCAAACUUAAGCUUAGAAUUGAGAAUGAAAACCAGCGUCUCAUGAGUAAAGACAAAGAUAAUACUCAGAAAUUCCUGGAAGAGGAAGCUGAGAACAUGAAGAAGCUUGCGGAGGAUGCUGCCAGGCUAAGCUUAGAAGCUCAGGAGGCAGCCCGAGAGAGACAGAUUACAGAGUCCGAGCUUGAAGAACAGAGGGCUCUUGCUGACAAAAUGCUGAAGGAGAAAAUGCAAGCUAUCCAAGAAGCAGCUAAACUGAAAGCUGAGGCAGAGAAUCUCCAGAAACAAAAGGACAAGGCUCAGAAGCAGGCCCAAAAACUGCUGGAGGACAAGCAGCAGAUGCAGCAACGUUUUGAGGAGGAGACAGAGGGCUUCCAAAAAUCCCUAGAGGCUGAGCGCAAGAGGCAGCAUGAAGCUACGGUGGAGGCAGAAAAACUGAAGCUUAGGGUGACACAGCUUAGUGAUGCUCAGUCUAAAGCAGAAGAGGAGGCCAAGAAAUUCAAGAAACAAGCAGAUGAGAUCAGGGUUCGUCUCCAAGAGAAAGAGCAACAUGCUUCAGAAAAAGUAAUUGUAGAGAAACUGGAGGUGCAGAGAUUACAGAGCAGCAAAGAGUCUGAUGACCUACGCAAAGCCAUAGCUGACCUUCAGAAAGAAAAUGAGAAAUUACAAAAAGAGGCUGCAGAUCUACAGAACAAUUCUAAAGAGAUGGCCAAUGCCCAACAGGAACAAAUUAAAAAGGAAAAGAUCGUUCUUGAGCAGACUUUCCUGACAGAAAAACAAUUGUUGUUGAAAAAAGAAAAGCUCAUUGAAGAAGAGAAAAAUAAGCUUGAGAAACAGUUUGAGGAUGAGGUUAAGAAGGCCAAAGAUCUCAAAGAUGAGCAGGAUCGUCAAAGGAAGCAGAUGGAACAGGAGAAGAAGAAACUCCACGCUACAAUGGAUGCCGCUGUUAAAAAGCAGAAGGAUGCUGAGGACGAAAUGAGCAACAAGCAGAAAGAGUUGCAGGAUCUUGAAAAGAAAAGGCUUGAACAAGAGAAAUUGUUGGGUGAGGAGAAUGAAAAGCUCCGAGAGAAGCUGCAGCAACUUUCUACAUUAAAAACAUCAGCAAAAUCCCACACUAAAGAAAUGGAGAUGCAAACAGAUGAGGUCCCUGAAGAUCAGCUGAUUGCAAUGACAAUGGUGGGAACAACAAAGAAAGUAUUCGAUGGGUCUGCAGUAGUUGAUGGUGAGAAGAAAAACGAAGAAUUACCAUUUUCUUUCGAUGGGAUUAGGGAGAAGGUUCCUGCCAGCAGGCUCCAUGACAUUGGUAUACUGAACAAGAAGGACUUUGAUAAGCUGAAAAAAGGCAAAACCACAGUGAAAGACCUGAGCAAGACUGAGAAAGUGAAAACAUGUCUCAAAGGCAAGAAUAGUGUUGGCGGAGUCUUGACUGCAGCCAAGCAAAAAAUGAGUGUGUAUCAGGCCAUGAAAGAGAAUAAACUUUCUCCUGGCGCUGCCACAAUGCUUCUUGAAGCUCAGGCAGCAUCUGGGUUCAUCAUCGAUCCAGUGAAAAACAGAAUGCUCACUGUGGAUGAAGCUGUAAAGGAGGAAUUAAUAGGUCCAGAACUCCAUAACAAAAUGCUUUCUGCAGAAAAAGCAGCUACUGGUUACAAAGAUCCUUACACUGGAGACAAAAUCUCACUCUUUGAGGCCAUGAAAAAAGGUCUGAUUGAACAAGACCAGGCCGUUAGACUUCUGGAUGCUCAGAUUGCAACUGGUGGAAUAAUUGACCCUGUCAAUAGUCACCGUGUGCCUCUCCAGACAGCCUAUAAGCAGGGCCAAUUGGAUGCUGAGAUGAGCAAAACUCUAUCAAACCCUACUGAUGACUCAAAGUUAUUCAUUGACCCAAGCUCUCAGGAGAGCCUCACUUAUCAGCAACUAUUGGAGAAAUGCACCCCAGAUGCAGAGACAGGCCUACUUAUGUUACCAAUCACAGAGAAAGCUACACAAAGUGACAAGACCUACACAACUGAAGAAACUAAAGAGGUACUCACUAAAGCGAAUAUCUCUGUACCAUUUGGAAGAUUCCAAGGAAAGACUGUGACCAUUUGGGAAAUCAUUAACUCAGAGUAUUUCACAGAGGCACAGAGGAAGGAUCUGAUUCGCCAGUACAAGACCGGAAAAAUUACUGUGGAAAAAAUUAUCAAAAUUGUAAUUAGCGUUGUGGAAGACAAAGAGAAGAGGAAUGAAAUUGUGUUUGACGGUCUGAGGAUUCCUGUCACUGCAGCUGAACUUCUAGAAUCUAAGAUCCUCAAUAAAGACCUGUUCAACAAAUUGCAUAAUGGUAAAACAACUGUCAAAGAAAUCUCUGAGAUGGAGCCUGUUAAGAAAGCCUUAAGGGGUACACAUAGCAUUGCUGGAGUGAUCAUUGAGUCAACAAAUGAGAAAAUACCAUUCUAUCAAGCUGUAAAGGAACAGAUGCUCUCUCCCGAGACUGCAUUGACUCUUCUUGAAGCUCAAGCUGGGACUGGAUUUGUAAUUGACCCUGUCAAAAAUCAGAAGCUCACUGUGGAUGAGGCUGUUAAAUCAGGUCUUGUUGGCCCAGAGAUGCAUGAAAUACUUAUGUCUGCAGAGAGAGCUGUUAAUGGGUACAAAGAUCCCUACACUGGAAAGAAUCUAUCCCUAUUUGAGGCAAUGUUGAAAGACCUCAUUAAGAAAGACCAGGGUAUCCGUCUGCUAGAGGCUCAGCUUGCAACUGGAGGUAUAAUUGAUCCAGUUAAAAGUUAUCACAUCCCACAUGAUGUUGCCUGCAAACGUGGAUAUUUUAACGAUGAAACAAACAAGACCUUGAGCAGCAACACUGAUGAAACUAAAGUUUUCUUUGAUCCUAACAUGUGGGAGAAUGCAUCUUAUGUACAACUCAUGAAAAAAUGUGUCACUGACAAAGAGACUGGUUUUCCAUUUCUUCCGCUCUCAGAGAAAGCAAUUCAAAAGUCAAAAGAGGGACUUUAUAAGUCAAAAGAGGAACAUCAAUACACUGAGGUCCAGAUCAAAGAUGCCCUGAACCAGGCAACUAUGGAUCUGCCGUAUGAACCUUUCAAAGGAAGGAAAGUCACUAUUUGGGAGAUCAUAAACUCUGAAUAUAUUACAGAGGAACAAAGAAUCGAGUUGAUUCGACAGUACAGAACUGGAACAGUGACUAUUGAAAGAAUGAUUACAAUCAUUGUCACAGUGGUUGAUGAAAAGGAGGCUAAGAAACAGGAAAAGGAACAGGCCAGCUUUGAAGGGCUUAGGUCAUCUGUCACUGCCAGCUCAUUGUUUGAAUCCAAAAUAAUUGAUAAAGAUACAUAUGAUCAACUCCAACAGGGUAAAAAGAAACCCAAAGAAAUCAGUGACAUUGACUCAGUCAGAAAGUACUUGCAAGGAACAGAUGGACAGAUUGUAGGCAUCUAUAUGGGCGAAUCAAAGGAAAGGGUCAGCAUUUAUCAAGCAAUGAAGAAGAACAUAUUGAGACAAAAUACAGGUCUUUCGUUGCUCAUGGCACAAGCAGCAACUGGUUUCAUUAUCGAUCCUGUCAAAAACCAGAGGUACACUGUGGAUGAUGCUGUGAAAGCAGGAGUUGUUGGUCCUGAGGUUCACGAGAAACUUCUGUCAGCAGAGAAAGCAGUGACUGGCUACAGAGAUCCAUACACGGGCAACACGAUUUCCCUCUUCCAAGCCAUGAAGAAGGAGCUUGUGCUGCGAGAACAUGCUAUUCCCCUGUUGGAAGCUCAGGUGGCCACAGGAGGGAUUAUUGAUCCAGUCAGCAGCCACUGUGUUCCAAAUGAUGUGGCCUUCCAACGUGGCUAUUUCAAUAAGCAAAUGGCUAAUACCUUCACUGACCCCUCAGGGGAUAUCAAAGCUUUCAUUGAUCCCAACAAUAAUGAAAGUUCCACCUACAAACAACUGCAAGAGAAAUGCAUAAGAGAUGCAGAUACCGGUCUGUGCUUCCUGCCGCUAUCAAAGGCUGAAGCUCAAUGUCCCGUGGAAAAAUCAUACGUAUACACUGAAGAAAUGGCACAGACAGACUUGACUAACACUCAAGUGGAUAUCCCUCAUCAGAGCUAUGCAGGGAAGGUAAUGACCCUAUGGGAUGUCAUGGGGUCAAACCUUCUCCCUGAGGAGGAAAAGCUAAGGCUCCUGGAGCAGUAUCGCCUCGGGCAAAUCACAAAGGAGAGAAUGAUCAUCAUCGUCAUUGAAAUCAUUGAACAAAGGGAGAUACUGAAAGGAGAGCAGAGCAUGUCCUGUGAUGUGAUCAGACGAAGAGUCACUAUUGAGGAGCUCUAUAGUUCUCGCAUUAUCGACCUUCAAACAUACAACAUGUUGAAGCAAGAGAAGAAAACUAUCCGGGAGGUAAUGGAAAUGCCAUCUGUAAAGCAGUAUUUGUUUGGCACAGGCAGUAUUGCUGGAAUCCUCUCAGACUCCCCCUCUAAGGUUAGUAUUUACCAGGCCAUGAAGAGAGGUCUCAUUAAGUCUGAUUUUGCUAUCAGUCUCCUGGAGGCCCAAGCGGCAACAGGAUUCAUCAUUGACCCUGUGAAAGAAGAAUUGCUAACCGUUGACGAAGCUGUGCGCAAAGGGCUAGUCGGCCCUGAAAUCCAUGACAAACUUCUCUCUGCCGAGAGGGCAGUCACUGGCUACAAGGAUCCUUACAGUGGAAAAGUAAUCUCUCUCUUCCAAGCGAUGAAAAAAGACCUUGUUCCUGAGGACUAUGCCCUGAGGCUCCUUGAAGCCCAGGCUUCCACUGGGGGACUUAUGGAUCCAGAAUACUACUUUCACCUUCCCACAGAUGUUGCCAUGCAACGCGGAUACAUCAAUAAGGAAACGCAUGACAGGAUCACUGAUCCAAACAGUGAUGUACAAGGUUAUGUUGAUCCAACCACAGAGGAGAGACAGACCUAUGCCCAGCUGCUGAAGAGAUGCAAAGCUGAUAAAGAGAGUGGUCUGCGAUUACUUUCACUGGCCGACAGAAGGCUGCUUUUCAAGGGUCUCAGAAAGCAAAUCACCUUAGAUGAGCUGCUUCGUUCACAGAUUAUUGACCAAAAGACAUACAAUGAUCUCACUGAAGGCCUUAUCUCAGUAGAGGAGGUCAGCAGAGAAGUGAAGAAGUACCUUGAGGGUACAAGCUGCAUUGCCGGAGUAUAUGUAGAAUCCAGCAAAGACCGUCUGUCCAUCUACCAAGCAAUGAAAAAGAACAUGAUAAGACCCGGGACAGCCUUUGAACUUCUUGAGGCUCAAGCAGCAACAGGAUAUAUAAUUGACCCAAUAAAGAACCUGAAGCUGAAUGUUGGUGAAGCUGUUAAAAUGGGAGUUGUUGGUCCAGAGUUCAAAGACAAGCUCAUCUCUGCUGAGCGUGCCGUUACAGGCUACAGGGAUCCGUACUCUGGCAAGAUCAUCUCUCUAUUCCAGGCCAUGAAAAAGGGUCUCAUUCUGAAAGACCAUGGCAUUCGCCUAUUGGAAGCCCAAAUUGCCACUGGUGGGAUCAUUGACCCAGAAGAGAGUCACCGCUUGCCAGUCGAGAUGGCCUACACACGUGGCCUGUUUGAUGAGGAGAUGAAUGGCAUUCUUACAGACCCAUCUGAUGACACUAAAGGCUUCUUUGACCCUAACACUGAGGAGAACCUCACUUACCUGCAACUGAUGGAGCGAUGUAUGAUUGACCCGGAAACUGGACUAGCACUUUUGCUGUUGAAAGAAAAGAAACGUGAGAGGAAGACAUCCUCUAAAUCGUCUGUGCGUAAACGCAGGGUAGUCAUUGUUGACCCAGAGACAGGCAAAGAGAUGUCUGUAUAUGAGGCAUAUCGCAAAGGACUUAUAGAUCAACAGACCUACAUGGAGCUUGCAGAGCAAGAGUGUGAGUGGGAGGAGAUUACUAUAACCUCAUCUGAUGGUGUUGUGAAGUCCAUGAUCAUUGAUAGGAGGUCUGGCCGACAGUAUGACAUUGAUGAUGCAAUCACAAAGGGCCUCAUUGACCAGUCUGCUCUGGAUCAAUACCGUGCUGGAACUCUGUCCAUCACAGAGUUUGCAGACAUGUUGUCCGGAAACAUAACUGGCACCAGAUCCAGGUCAUCCUCUUUCGGGUCCACAUCAUCUUACUCCAGUAGCCCAGCUCCCUCUAUCAAACCCCCAGCAACAAUAUGGAAUGACCCAACAGAAGAAACCGUGCCUGUGGCUGGAAUACUGGAUACUGACACAUUGGAAAAGGUGUCUGUCACAGAAGCCAUGCACAGAAAUCUUGUGGACAAUAUCACAGGUCAAAGAUUGCUGGAGGCUCAGGCUUGCGUUGGUGGCAUCAUUGAUCCAAACACUGGAGAGAAGUUCUCAGUUUCAGAUGCAAUGAACAUGGGACUUGUGGAUAAGAUCAUGGUUGACCGAAUCAACCUGGCACAGAAGGCCUUCAAUGGAUUUGAGGAUCCCAGAACCAAAAAGAAAAUGUCUGCUGCACAAGCAUUAAAAAAAGGGUGGUUGUACUAUGAGGCGGGUCAGAGAUUCCUGGAAGUACAAUAUCUAACUGGUGGUUUGAUCGAACCAGAGGUCACUGGCAGAGUUCCACUAGACGUUGCAGUCAACAAGGGCACCCUAGAUGCACGUACUGCACAAAAGCUACGAGAUGUCAGUGGAUACUCCAAAUAUCUCACCUGUCCAAAGACAAAGCUUAAGAUCUCAUACAAGGAUGCCAUGGAUAGAAGCAUGAUUGAGGAGGGUUCUGGUCUGCGUCUGUUGGAAGCCUCUUCUCAAUCAAGUAAAGGCCUUUACAGUCCCUACAGUGUUAGCGGUUCUGGGUCAGCAUCCGGUUCCCGGCCCGACUCAAGAACUGGCUCCAGGUCAGGCUCCAGACGAGGGAGCUUUGAUGCCACAGGCUCUGGUUUCUCCACUAACUUUUCCCCCUCCUCCUUCAGCUCGACGAGCUAUGGGCGCAGAUAUAAUGCAGGAUUACAAAGCGGACUUUGCAUGGAUGAGCUAGCACAGGCCCUGACAUCAUCAGCAAUGGGCAGGAACUGCAGUUCUGAAGAGAGAAUAUUCACCAUAAUACAACCCAAUUACUCACCAGUUGCCUAAUUCUUCUUAGAAAAAUAGACUACCUUUAUUCUGCUCUGCAUGUCAUUAUUAUGGGGCUUUUCUGCAGUAUAUUAUACAUCUUUUUGCUGGCUUUACAUUUUGUCCAUAGUUUAUUCAGUUAAAUCUUUUUGAAGUACAUUUUUGGUUGCUCUCUUUUGUUUUGUGUAGUCUGGCAAUGUUGCCAUUAUUUAUAUGCUUACAUACAGAAGAGCUGUAUUUUUAGCAACUACAAUUAUAUUGAUAAUAACGUUUUCAGUGUUAGACAUAUUGACAUAUUUUUUUUCAUUUUUAAGCCAGCUUGUUAUUAGUUCUAAUUCAUUAUACUUCUAUAGUUACAUUUUCAGACAUUUGAGUAAAAAUGUAAUUUUGAUUUUUUUAUAUAUAUAUUUCUGUUAAAUUCCAUCAAAGAAAGAACAAUAUCUAUUAUAAAGUAUACCUUUGUAUGGCAAAAACAAAUUAGAUGUAAAAGCUGUUAAACGGAUGUCUGUCAUUACAAAUAUAUAGAAAGGAAAGCAUCCAAUCUGCAGAGUAGAAUAAGGAGUCACGGGACAAUUACUUAUUAUAACACUGGAAGAAAUUCUUAAACAAAAAUCAAGCUUCAAGAUCUUUUCUCAUCUCGGCUACAGUGCCGCUAAUACUUUGCUAAUGUUUGGAUUCUACCUAUCCCCUUCUUGUAAUAUACAAUGGACUACCAAUCAGUUAAAACUAUGCAGUCUUUAUACAGUCAAGCACCUUAUGGAGAGAGCAUUCUAAGGAUGGCAAUCCCAACAUAAUAUAACCUGGACAAACUCACUUGAAGUGAAAGAUGCCCCAAAUCACCAUGAAACAGCUCGGUCUCAUCUCAAGCUGAAAUAACUUCUCAGCAGAACCAUUGCUUCUCUGGAGACUUUUGAAAGCCAUCUCCACUCCUCCUCUGUGUGCUGAUGCUUUGAUGUCUUCCAAUAUCCUGAGAACCUCAAGUCAAAAAGAAGAUCACCGUUCACUGUUCAAGACUGCACCGACAUACAUGUCCAUCAUUUGUUUUAGACUUUUUAUUUUUCAGCCAUUUAUUCAAAAAAAUAAAGGAUGAUCUUGUUAACUGA